GUACCGUAUUGUCGAAUGGGCGGUGGAUGGGUGGGGGGGAAUAAAACCCAAACGAAGCGAAAUUCCUGAAAAACCGCACGGAUCAUAAUAUUAUUGAUGAUUAACGGGUGUUAAAGUUCACGGGUCCGCGUCAUCGUACGAAGUUUGAUCGUUCGUUACUCGCGUCGUUGGCCGAAUCCACUGUUAUUAUCAUUACUUUGUUACGGUUUUAACGGGCGUCCAAGUUUCGACUGAAUCCAUAUAAAUACCGUAGACGUCAUUCGGAUCGACAGUACACCUUUUUUUUAUCGUCCGGCGCGUAAAAUCGUCGCGAAACGUUACGAAACAAACGGUUUUUUUUUUUUUUUUUUUUUUUUUUAAUGAAUGGAACAUUAAAAAAACAUUUAUAAAAAAAAUUGUUUUUUUUUUUAUUUUAUCACCGUCGUCCCCGUCGUUUAUUAUUCUGACCUUUGCGCUCGGUGUAAUAAAUCGCGUAUUACUCUUUUUUUUUUUCUUUUUUUUUUACUACUCUGUCUACAUCAGCCGCGCAACGUAUCGCACGGAAAUCCGCGUUGCGCUUCUCGCAAUCGUCCGUCGUUCGGCAUCUGAAGCGUACGCUAGUCGCGUUGACGACAUGACGUUACGAGGAGUUUUUUGCUUUUAAUCGUUUUACACAAUAUAUAAUUCGUAGACGAGUUUCGCGAUAAAAAAAAAAAAAAAAAAAAAACAAAUAUCCGCGUCUGAAAUUUGCGUGGCGCAACGGGAAACCGCGAUUAACAAUAACAUUAUAGUAUUUUUUCUAAUUUUUUUUUUCCUUGUUAAUUUUUCACCGAAAUAACGAUCGGCCACGAUGUUCAACAGCACGGGCAAUUUACUCCUGCAGACCAUGCUGUACUUGGCCCAGACGGAAAACAUCACUUUUCCGUUGAACUACACCGCCCAAGUCAACAACGUCACUCUGGAAGGCGACAGUCAGUACCUCCAUAAUAUUAAUAUAAUAUUAAUAUUUUUUGCAGGCCGACACCUAGCCCCCUCCCCCCACUUUACCCGAGAACAUAUGUAAACGUGUUGCACUUAAAUCCGCAAAAAAAAAAAAAAAAAAAACACUUAAUAACGUCAAAAUAACUCUGAAAAAAGCACUUUAAAAAUAUUUGAAAAAAAAAAACAAAAACGGUAAAAGGGUUUAAAUGUCCCUCGUUGAACGGUUUCAACUUAUUAAAUACAAUUUCCUAACACUGCACAAAUUAUUAUCCCAGAGUUAUUUUCAUUACAAUAACGUACAAUCUUAUUAUUUUUUUAUUAUAAUCAUUCGUGUCGUUUUAAAAUAUUGUAUUUAAUAAUUUAGAGUCGUUAAACAGAGGACCUUUAAAACCUUCUACCAUUAGUUCUUCUAAUAUUUUUGUUCAGGAAUUUUUUAUGAGUUUCAAGUGCAUUCAGUCCCGAGCCCUAAUUAUAAUAAAUCGACUUUCGAUUCUGGAAAUCAGCACUAGAUACGAUUUUACGGGUAGUACGCGACAGGCGGAUAUGUUUGCAAGUACGACCAGUGGGGGGAAGGGGCGAAAAAUUAAAUGUGUAUACUCGCCCAAAAUAUGUUCGACUACCCCCCUUAGGACUUAUCGGAAACCAAACCUCGGCUAAAAACCUGAUGAUGCAUUAGUGUAUCUUAAAUAAUUGUUCAAAGGUUUUAGCGGAGAAGAUUUUCCCGGUUUCGCAUUUUUUUUAUAAUAUUAUCAAAAUGCACGAGGUCUCAGAUAUCUCUUUCUAAGAAUGACGAAUGAUUAUCCGCGAGACAACGCUAAUACAAUUCCAAUAAUGUUACGAUAGAAUCACUGCCUCCUACACGGUUAAGAGUUAUAUGUCUCGUAUUAUAUAUUGAAUAUGAGUUUUUUAUGACCAAGGAUCAAUUGACUGUAUUGACAUGUUUUUUUUUUUUUUAAUGACGCUCAAGCAAUUAACGAGCUUAGGAUAUCUUGCUAAUUAUUUCUGAUCUACUGGUCUAUAAGCCUUGGCCACAAAACACUCGUGUAAAUCAUAACCGCGGCUGUAAUUCAUAUUCAUAUUCAUUCGUAUUAACAUUUUAUCGCGAUAAUCGGUUUUUUUUUUUUUCACAUUUUACGCAGUAGAAAAAGGAGGUACGGUGAACAGUUAAACAGUGACGGGGUUCGUUUUUGUUUUUGUACGUGUAAUCUACAACGUCCCCCUAUGUUUAAUUCGCCGAUUCGACCGCGAAAUAUUAUCACAUCCGUAAUCAUGUUUACAUACAGUAACCUACUAAACCCGUCUGACUUUUAGAGCCGGCCGUACAUCGAAAAAACUGCAAUAAUAUUAUACCCGAGUAGCUAACGGCGCGCGGCGGUCUAACGAAUUAGCGUUUGGCUAUUAUUGUUCUAUCGUCCGGGACACGAGCGACGAUCGAUUUCGUUUCGAUUACAGUUUAACUAUAUUUUUUGUUUUUUUUUAUAUAACAAUGUUACAACGUUAUGCAAUCUAUUUUGUUUUUAUGCAAAUAUUGUUAUUUGUAACGUUAUCGCAAGUCGUCUUAAACUGUGGACCUAUACUGCAGCGGUUCGUGUAGAGCUACGGAAAUUAUAAAAUAUAAUACUACCACGUGUCCGGUUCGGCUCAGGGUCCACGCACGCUUGGUUCCAUUAAUUAUAUUGUGAAAUUAAUUGUAAUAAUUGUGAAGUGCCUACACGCCGCUUUUAGAACAGUUUCCUAUAGAGCGGUUUGCAAUGAAUCGAUUUUGCUAAUUGCGGAAUUUCAUAAAACAAUCGAUCUAAAAUAUUUGUACUCAUUAUACUCACCUAUAUACGCGGUACAAAUGUACAAUGGGUUAUUAAAAACACGUUAGUAAAGCAUAAUAAUCUUAGACGUUAAUAGGUAAGAGAUACCCAACCAAUGAUCAUUGUGAAUCACCGAAACCAUAACUAAUGGCUUGUAAUAUUUAUUUAGUUUUUGACAUAAAUUUCUUGUGUGGGGGUGGGGUCAAAAAAAAAAAUCGUGUAUCAAAAAAAAAAAAAAAAUGCAACGUUUUUCGGUUCAAACAAUCAAAAGGAACGCGAUAACAAAUUCCCGCUGUGAAGGGAUGUGUGCGAGAAACUAAGCGACAUAAUAUUUCGCGAGGUGAAAAAUAAUGGAAUGACAUGUGUACCUGCUGUUGUAUGUACACAUUCGAUUCAUUCGAACAUUCCGACGUUGAAAAAAUGUGCAAACACAAAAUUGUAUUUCGCACUAUCCGUAUCGUAAAUCAUUAUUCGUUACUUGCAAUUAUUUGUUGAUAAAAAUAAAUAAACCUCAAGAUCUGAGCAUAGCAUUGGUAAUAUGUUUUAUGGCCUGCCGCAAGACAUGUUAAUGACAUUUUGUUUUAUUCCAAAUGGGGAACAUUUUUUUCCCUUCUCUUUUCUGCAUUUUAUUUUUCUUUUAGACAUUUAUACUUUCAACGACGCCGGUCUUGGACCGAUUUAGAAACAAAGCUGCAUAUAGAAUCAAAUAACAACAUGAUUCGUUUGAACAAAUAAUAUUAAUCGAACCCUUUAUCCUGACUAUUUGGGAGCGGCCCAAACUUUGCUCCUACGUUGUCUUAAUCUGACGGUCUCCCGCGUCAUCUAUUUAUGCGCACACCGGCUAUCUUCAUAUUAUAAUACCAUUACUGUUAAACGCGUCCUUUUCGGUUUGCCUAUAUUUACCCUCCGGCCACUUCCCAACCAUAUUCGUCCGUAAACUCAUUAUUUCAACAUCCGGACUCGUCUUCUCUUAUCACGUCGUGCCCGAACCGCCUCAGCCUAUUCUCUCUCGGUUUUUCAAUUAGAUAUCGAAACAACUACCUGACUGUUCCUCGUACUGCAUUCUCUCUGGUGACGAGUUUAUACGUCCGCCUGUUGAUUUAUCAGAACCAUAGGCGUAAUAUUCAAUAUUUUACUUGGAGGUGCUUUACACUUUUAAUUGAACAUGCCUGUAGGUACUCCCUGUUUCAAAUACAAAUAAAGUAUAUUACUUUGUGUGGUGUUAUAAUAUAACAUAAGUAAUGUAUUGAUUUUUUUUAUCUCAGCCGUUUUCCUACAUUUUAUAUGUAUAACAACAUUUAAGUACCCGUAUAUUUAUAAUUUUAACCGCCAAUUUGAAAUUGUAAAUUUGUCCGGUCGUUAGACUGUUCAUUGGACAAAUCCUGUUCAGUAUAAAUUGAAUGAUCCGUGAGAUAGAUCUAUCUAUUAUAAUCUAAACGGCAUUAGUAAUUGGUUCUCCUACUCUCCUUCAGUUAGUUAAUUUAGAGCUACUGAUCGCGCCAUUGCUCCGUUCUCAAUUCCUAUUUGCCCAACAGAUUAUACUUAAAUGACUACUAACCCGUCGCAUGAGGCCGGCCAACCUUGACACUUUCAUCGCCCGUUUAUUUCAACUGCUACUUAUUGCCGACUAAUUGAUGUUCUAUUUUCUGUGCUUAUCGUAUAAUUAUCGUUUAAAAUUUAAAUACCAAAACUAUACGUUGAAAUUGGGUUUCGGCCCGUUAAUAAAUUAAAACAAUUUUUUCGAGGGGCUAAUUUUCAUAUUGGAGGAUCUAUCGGUUACGGCCGAAACAAUACUUGACUCGUUAUAUUGUUGUAUUGCAGACGUGGAAGUUAAAUGUUACGGCGAGUACGGGUGUUUCUCCGUGGCCGGCCCGUGGUACGACGAAUCUUCGCGACCGGUAAACAUGUUCCCGGAGCGUCCCGAGAAGAUAGCGCCGAAGUAUUGCCUGAACACGCGGAGUAACCGGAACACGUGCCAGUAUCUGGACCACAAGAACCCGGACACGGUGAUCUUGUCCAACCUGAUACCGUCCAUGCCCACGUACUUUAUCACGCACGGGUUCCUGGAGGGUGGCGACCGUCCGUGGCUCAAGGAAAUAUCCCGGCAGAUACUGCGCCGGUACGAUUCCAACGUGAUAAUUAUUGACUGGGAACGAGGGUCCGGAUCGCCGUACACACAGGCCGUGGCCAACAUAAGGUUGGUGGGCCGGAUAACGGCGCAUCUGAUAAACGUAAUGCGAGUACGUAUACAAUAUAAUAUUAUGAUACGUAUUUUAUAAGGGCGAUACUAAUAUUACGAUAUCUGCAGUAAAAUCGGCCGCUUGAAGGCCGUCUCUUAAGCUCUCUUAGACUGAGGGAAACGGAGAUAAAACGUAAUACGUGAUUAUACCGAUCACGGCAUAACUGGGCAAUGUUAAGCGAUGGCGGUAGCCAAAAGAAACGAAAACCAUCGUAACUCGAUAGAUAUCUAAACAUCGAAUAUUGAUAGGUUUUGGGUUAUGGAGCCUGGUGCCAGUUUUUUAAAUUUUCAUCAAUUUUGAAAAAUUUAAAAAUGAUUUUUAACACUUCAAAUGCUAACUUAAAGAUAAGAUUUUUCUACUACCCGAUAUCCAUUUAGGGAGAAGGGGUGUACCCGUUUUUAUUGACAAAAAUUUCUUUGCGGCAAUAGGGAAGUCGCAUUGUUAACAUAAUAUUGUGUCUACCAUUUUGUUUUUAAUUGAUAAGCAACAACAUUAGCUGUAGAACGCUACAGCCCGCAUUCAACUUUGAUUUUUGAUUUAAAAUUUUUUUAAGACAUUUUAUAGAGUUUUGAAAAAAAAAAAAAUGCGGUCCGCAAAAAAGUGGACCGCUCUUUUGUCAUUGUAAAAACAUCUAAAUGAUACACCUAUAUCAUAACCAACACUUCAGCCGUAUAAUUAUCUCAGAACUCGUAUACGAUUUAAAUUUUAAAAUUCAAAAUGACUGUGUUACUUAAUCCAUUUUAAUGUGGUGAAAUUCGGUAUGCUAUUGCGAAAUAAAAUAUCCUCUGCUAUGCCCAUCCCUGGGCACGUGUCUACCUCGCCUAUACGUUAAUCCGGGGCCUGCAUCUUGCGUAUGGCAAUACAAGAUAACGGACCAUUUAACGAUUGCCAUUAAACGCGGUAUAUUACGUGUAUAUAUAUAGACAGAACUCGGUUUAAACGUCGCCAACAUCCAUCUGAUCGGCCACAGUUUGGGAUCGCAUCUCUGCGGUUACGUGGGAAGCAUAAUGCAAACGAAUUAUGGAGUGACAGUAGGCCGAAUUUCCGGGCUGGAUCCAGCCGAACCUCACUUCAGCCAGACCGACCCGAUAAUCCGAUUGGACCCGUCGGACGCCAUGUACGUGGACAUCAUACACACGGAUUCCAAGCCGUUUAUCAAAGGAGGCGAAUUAGGUACGGUAUGCACGAGAUUUUUUUGGAUUUUUUUUUUUUUUUUUUAAACCUAGGUAUACACUAGGCUUUUAUAUAUAAUAUUAUAUAUACAGUUACCCGUUCAUAUUAUUGUCAUUGCAAAUAAUAUCGUUACACGCGAUUUGAUUUGUCGCAGGUCUGGGCAUGAGUUCGCCGAUUGGUCAUAUGGAUUUCUAUCCUAACGGAGGUGAAAAACAACCGGGAUGCAACCACGGCAUGAUGAAAUACAUAAACCGCGAGAACGGCAGUUUUUACCAGGGUAUGAGAAGAUUUUUGGCCUGUGAUCACGUCAGAGCGCACGAGUAUUUCAACGAAUCUAUAAAUACGCAAUGCAACUUUGUGGCCAUCGAAUGCGAUUCUUACGAAGAAUUCUUGAACGGAGAGUGUUUUUCGUGUUUAAGCGAAUCGGUUCGUAUUAUAAAAAUAUCAUAAUAUUGCUAAAAAUUCUCGACGCAUUUACUAUCUCAAAAAAAAAAAUUAACUUUUUUCGGAAUUAAUUAAUUCGACGGUUUCAAUCGAGCUUUUUAUAUUCCAUUGUUAGCCUCACACUUGCGUUGUAUGCUAAAUUUAUACUCAUACCGAAAUCGGUAAUACUUCCAUCGUUGCAGUGCCCUACGAUUAUUACUGUCGCUUCUUCUAUUAACAAUAUUAUUGUCUUGUUUUCGUAAUAAAUUAAAAAAUCGUAAAUUUUACGACUUGAUUGUCCUCCAUUGAAAUGCCUAUUAUAUUGUUUAUAGGAACAACACGUUUUAUGAAAUUUCGUAAUAUUAUUAUCUUAAACUGAUUUAAAAUUACAUUAUUUAUUUUAUUUAUUUUUUUUUUCAGAACCCCGAAGGAAAAAUCUGCGCAGAAAUGGGUAUGCGGUCUUUGGGCCAUUGGAAAAAAUUCGCACACAUAAUUUCUAGUUUCAGUGAACCGAAUACAUUUCCACACGUAAAAUUAUACACUAUAACCAAUCCGGAACAACCAUUUUGCAGUGAGUAUACCUAACUACGACAGUGUUGAUAGCGUACAGUUAAAACAAAUCGGACUUUGUUCAAAGAACUUUAGCAACCAUCACGUAAAUCACGAACUCUCAUAAUAUCUCACGUGAAACGAUCGAUAAUCACGCCAACCAAAUUUGUGCCAUUAGCGACUCUAAUCAUAAUAUCGCAUAUUGUAUACGAUUCCUCCAUAACAAAAAUGAUAAAUAAACGUUCGGUUUUGUUAUUCCGAUAUUUUCUGUUUCUCAAAACGAACAAUAUAUAUUAUCAUUUAUGUUUCAGCGUAUUUAUAUCGGGCGACGUUGAAUCUGGCGAAUUCGCAAGAGAGCAAAGACCACGGCGGUGAAGUGGGAAAUUUUUUGAUACAAAUCGAAGGAACCAACUCCAGGACAAAACUCAUAAACGUAUUCCAGUGAGUAAAACAGAAUUUUGAUAUUUACCUACAGUAGGUACAUAACUGCAGUUCAACGAGAUUAUUUCUAAUCGAUCUGCACGAUUGUAAUAUAUAUUAUUAGUGUUAUAUUACUAAAAAUCAGCUAGGUAUACCAUGUGUUGUUAUUGCUUAUCAAUCAAUUAUAUCCGCAGAGAAAAACACUACAAACCGGGCAGUGUUCACCGUCAAGUGUUCGGUUCUUCCAACGUGGGCACCAUCAAAUCCGUCCUGUUGAUCUGGAACCAUUCGACCACGAUAAACAUACUGACGUGGAGAUUCGAAGCGCCGGUCAUUUACGUAGAGUCGAUGACUAUCGAGACGUUCAACGGCGGUCAAAAGUAAUACAACAGUGCUAUUAUAAAAUUAAUAAUAAUAUUAGUACAUCGACGGGGACACGGCAAAAGGGUCUUAGCGACACGGCUUCGCUAUUCCGCGGAGAAAUACGUGUUUCGUCCAUUGCGCGUGCGCAAAAACAGCUGCGGCCAUUAUCUAAAGAAAAAUUUGAAUUUUGAGUUUGGGGUAUAAACCGUACUUUGUAUUUUGUCUUCUCAAUUAUCUCAAUUACAGAGUCUAAACGACAAUAAAAGCUAAUCGACAAUGCGUAUUCACAUUAAGGACGUACACACAAAAAAAAAAAAAGUAUUCAAUGAGAUUAUUCCCUAUUCCAACCGGAAAAACGUUAUUGACAACCUAAACAAAAAAAAAAAGUUAAAUUCACAAAUAAAUGAUUUUCGCAGACUCUCCCGAAAGGCUUAAAACUGUGAAUCGUGUCGCUUAGACCCUUUGGCCGUGUCACCAUCGAUAUAUGUAAGGCUGCGGUACAAAAACGAUCGUGACAUUAUCGAACCGUCAAAAUGUAGGGUCCUGUGGUUAUGGGUAUAUCAUCGUGUAGACCGUUCUUGAACGAAAUGACGCAUCGGUCGUUUUAAAAUAAAUCAGAAAAUUAUCAUGGUUCGCGGGGCAUUGGUUUUAAGGGGUUUUCUGUGUCUAAAUGGACGCACGAUUAAGUCCAUUAGACACCCAUUAACGGAGGAUAUUGCGUCCACUAGUGUGUCCACUAGAAAAUAAACGGUAUAAUACGUUUGAAUUAGUGGAACGAAAUUGUACAUCUUAUAUUGGAAACGCUCUCACUGGUGGGGGAAGGAAGUAACUGAAUAAAGUACAAAAUGUAGAGCAAUGAUUUAGUUUAUCUGCGCACGGAGCUUUUUUUUAAGAAAGGUGACUGAACACACAGUGAAUAUUCAAUAACGAAUGUCCUAAUGAUCCGUGCGAGCGACAGUAGAGCUUUAAGAAUAAUUAUGACUGCAGAGAAAGUCGAUGGUCGAGCGGAAACGGGGAAAAGUGAUCCGCAGAGUUUUUUUUUUAGUUUUAUUUAGGUAGGUACAAUAAUUAUUACGUCAUGAUUAAGUUCGGCAAUAAAUGUAUUUGUAUAAUAUACGAAUAUUAUUUUAUUUACGUUAUUUAUUAUAAAAUAUUGUAUUCUAUCCUCGAGCCUUUUUUUGAGUUCUGAAACUUUAAAACUGAAAAUAUCGGGAAUAUUGACAACUAUGGUCGUUGUUCCUCCUCGCGACUCUUAUUCAUAUACGGUACAAUCGAUAUAAUAUCGUUGUUAGAUACAUCGUGCGGUUGAAUUGUUGUUAAUUUUUUUCGUUUUUUCGUUUGUUUUUCAGACUCAAAUUAUGUCCGCCGAAAUUAAUAGCGUUGGAAGCCGGUCUGUCGUUCAGGAUGGUACCAUGUUAACGGUCCGUCGUCAUAAAAUAUAUACCACAAAAUAUUAUAUUAGCCGCGUUUCGACGAUGCAAUUUUUAACAGCCCGGUCACUGGUUUAGCGAACUAGUUUUAGCAUACUGUUCGACUGCGCAAUUGUCAAAUGAAUCGUCGAAAAACAAGAAUGCAUUUUUCGACCACCGGGUUGUCCUAUUGUUCUCGGCGGAAAAUUACAUCGUCAAAACGCGCCUAUUACCUAUCUUAUAUUUUUUCAACACUAUAUCGUACCUACCUAUAUCCGUAAAUCUCACGAUUAAUUUAUUGCACUAUAUUUUUAAGUAAAAAAAUUGUAUUCGAUUUUUAACGGUAGUCGUGCGUUUUACAUUAUUUACAUUUAUACACUGGAGAUAAUAAUAAUAUGAUUGCGUAUUUUUGAUUCGUACCAUUGUUGUAAUAUUAUUGUAAGACUUGUACAAAAUUAUUAUUGUCAGUAUAACUACUAAUAGUAAGUAAAUUCUAAGUUAUAUAUAUAUUAUAUUAUACAUUACACCAUUUCAUGUACACUACAUUUCACUACCUACAUUUUUUUUUUUUUUUAGAUUUGAUGCAUUUUUAUUUAUUUUUUUAUACGUAUUUUUUCGUUUUUACAUUAUACUAUAUCGUAAUAUAACCGUAAUAUAUAUUGAAUAUUAUAUUUUGUGCACAAAUACUAUACAAUUAUUUAAUCUAUUAUAAGUACUCUCGUAUGUGUAGUAUGUACCUGACCCGGCGGUGUAUUUUUCAGGGGAGGGGGUUGCUUUCAAACCCCCUUACUCCCAGGCGCAUAUAACUUCUAUUAUAUUAGUGGGCUUGGUAUGAUUUAGGUCUAAACUGUAAUAAUGAAUAAGCCCCCUCCCUAAAAAAAACCAAGGUAAAUACGCCAUUGAGUGUGUAACGUCUGUGCGUCGAAUGUGUAUACCUACCUACUUGCUUACGUACAUUUCGUGAACGAUCAAAAUAAAGAAGUUUAUCGUCAACAAAUUAUUGUAAUCGUCUUAUAUUUAUUGAUUUUUAAAAUUACAUUGUUGCAUAAUAAAUUAGUUAAACAAUACUCUUGAUACAAAUGAAU